AGGAAUGAUAAGAAUUUACUAUUUCCACUCAUUCUCUUGGUCAUCACUUAGAACCUUAGAAUAUUGAUAUUUUGUGGUUACAGAGUUUACGGGAGUAAAUCCCAAACCAGGAAUUAUUUUACUAGUCAAACCGGUAAAAACAACCAACUAGGCAAGUAUAUCACAUUAAAUAUAAAACGCAGUCAAAGUAUUUAAUGGAUGGACAAAUAUAUUCGUUCUUAUUUUUUGUAUAUAUAUAUGAGUGACAGAUAUAUUGUCAUAUUCGUCACAAAACAUCUGUUAUACAUCUGAGAAAAAAAUGGGAAAAUAUUUACUAAUUUUUUUUGUUAUCCUCAUUUCCUUUGAUUCUAUAAACUCGUUGAUGCCUCCUCUUUUCAGAAAAUUCAAUGUUGAAAUCGUAAACAAGUUAGGGUUUAACAAGAAACUCAAGGUUCAUUGCAAGAGCGGAAGUCAUGAUUUUCCGAUUACGUAUCUUAAUAUCGGCGAAAGUUUUCAAUUUAAAUUUACAAUCCUCCUAACUACUCUAUAUUGGUGCAAUUUGUGGCAGGGCCCAAAUUACAAACACCACGUGGUUUUUGAUGCGUUUCUUCCGGACAAAGAUUUUAUAGAUGGUACAUGUACUGGAAUGCACCCUAAUGUAUGUAUGUGGAUCGCAAGGGAAGAUGGAGUCUAUGUCCUCAACAAGAAAUUUCAUGGAGAAUAUUUCAUGUAUAAAUGGGAUGCUCCCACAAGAAACACUUCAGAGGUUGUACCUGCGAGUGAAUAUGAAUUUGAUCAUGUAUAAAAAUAUAUAUCGUACAAGUGGAUAACUUGUUUUUGGGUGGUCAAUUCUUAAUAUCGAAACCGUUAUGCUGUCGCUUUGGAUAAAUUAUCAAAUAACUUUUAUUCCAGAUCUACAAUUAUCAAAUAAGUUAUGCUGUCGCUUCUAUGUAGGGAGGUAGAGUACAACUGCUACAAAUAUCAGAGUUGAUGUUAUAGGAGUUACAUAUUAAUACUCCCUUCACUUCGAUUUAAUUGUAGUAAAAAAAAAUUGUUUUAAAAUAAAUGUCGUUUUAGAAUUUCAAUGCAAAAUUUAUUAAUAAGAUUCUCCACU